AUGAUACAUGGACCUUGUGGUGAAAUGAAUCCAAACAACAUUUGCAUGAAGAAUGGAAAAUGCAAAAAUCAUUAUCCCAAAAAUUUUGAACCUAUAACAAGAUCUUCCAAAGACUCAUACCCAAUAUACAAGCGUCGUGCUGAUGGUAAUCAAGUGAAAAUCAGAGGGCAAAUUUUGGAUAACCGUUGGGUAGUUCCGUACAAUCCAUAUCUUCUUGCCAAAUAUGAUUGCCACAUUAAUGUGGAAAUUUGUUCAACAAUCAAAGCUGUCAAAUAUUUGUACAAGUAUAUUUACAAAGGCCAUGAUAAAAUUGCAUUCCAUAUUGUUCAAGAAAAUCAAUCAGAAAUCAUAGAUGAAAUCCAACAAUUUCAGUCGGCAAGAUGGAUUUCACCUCUAGAGGCAAUGUGGAGAAUUUAUGCAUUCUCUUUGAAUGACAUAUACCCAUUAGUAAUCCAUCUACAAUUUGUUACUUUCAAUCCUUCAGAUGACCUAAAUUCUGUGUUAAAUGAUCCCAUCCGUUCGAAAACAAUGUUAACUGAAUUCUUUUUGAUGAACAAGUCAAAUGAAAAGGCAAAGCUUACAAAAUAUUUAUAUAAGGAAUUCCCUGAACAUUUUGUUUGGUGGCAACAAGAUAGAAUGUGGACUGAGCGAAAAAAGGGCAAUGUUAUUGGGCACAUAGUCACAGCACAUCCUGCACAAGGUGAAAGAUAUUACCUUAGGUUACUUCUAAACAACAUCAGAGGGCCUACAUCAUUUGAAUCCUUGAGAACCAUAAAUGGAAGAAAAGCAAAAACUUUUCGAGAAGCUGCCCUUCUCUAUGGUCUCUUACAAUCAGACAACAAUCUUGAACAAUGCUUGGAGGAAGCAAUCUCUUACCAAAUGCCUUACUCUCUAAGAAGAUUGUUUGCAACCAUUCUCAUUCAUUGUGCUCCUAAUAAUCCAAAGCAGUUGUGGGAAAAAUUCAAAGACUACAUGGCAGAGGAUUAUGCCAAAACAACAAAUCUUUCAAAACAAGAAAUUUUCAAAAAAGUUCUACAAAGCAUAAAUUUAACUCUUCAAUCAAUGGGCAAAGAUAUCAAAGAUUUCAAUAUUUGCUCUAACAACGUGCUCUCAUCUGAUAAUCAAGAUACCUAUCGCGAAAUUGAAGAAGAAAUGAAUAUUGUUGUUUCUGAAGCUGAUUACUAG